UUGUCUUUUCCGAAAGGGAAGCCGGGCUGUUAGCUGGGUCUCUAUUUUUAAGCCCAACGCUUAGAAGCCCCCCGAGAGAGGAGGCCGAGUUCAAAGCGCGGAGUUCCUUCAUGUGUAGACCAAGGGGAAGGACGCCGCUCUCUCCUCUCCAGAAGGGACCUGGAGAGCCUGCUCGGAGGUGGGUUAGCGGUGGCUUCCUGGAUCUGACUCCCCUUGCCAGUCCUUGCUCUUAUUGGAGGGACAGAAGAAGGAUCCUUCGCCUUUUCUCUUGCGUUGUUUCCCAGCACGCAAAUUGCUGUGAAUGCCAGUAAUUCUUCAUCUACUAUGCCUGAGCCAAAGUCAAUAUGUGUUUCAGUAGAUGAGGUGGUCUCUGGUGGUACAGACACACAAGAGAUUCAUUUGCUCAAUGGCCAUUUAAAGAAGAUGGAUAAUGUUUUGACUGAAGCCCAUCAUUUCUCCUACCUUCCUCGAAGACCAGCUGUGAACAUUGAAUUUAAAGACCUCUCCUAUGCUAUACCAGAAGGACCAUGGUGGAACAAGAAGGGUUUCAAGACUUUGCUGAAAGGAAAUUCUGGAAAGUUUAGUAGUGGGGAGCUGGUGGCAAUUAUGGGUCCUUCUGGAGCUGGGAAGUCGACACUUAUGAAUCUUCUGGCAGGAUACAGGGAGACUGGGAUGAAAGGAGAAAUUCUCAUCAACGGGCAACAUCGUGACUUGCGUUCUUUCCGCAAAGUGUCUUGUUACAUUAUGCAAGAUGAUAUGCUGCUUCCACAUCUUACUGUCCAGGAAGCUAUGAUGGUGUCUGCCCACCUGAAACUUCAAGAAAAAGAUGAAGGCAGGAGAGAAAUGGUGAAUGAGAUCCUGACAGCUUUGGGUUUGCUGUCGUGUGCCAGUACUCGCACUGGAAGCCUUUCAGGAGGGCAGAGAAAGCGUCUUGCAAUUGCUUUGGAAUUGGUGAACAACCCACCGGUUAUGUUUUUUGAUGAACCUACCAGUGGCCUGGACAGUGCAUCUUGCUUUCAAGUUGUCUCUCUGAUGAAGGCUUUAGCCCAGGGUGGCCGGUCCAUCAUCUGCACUAUCCAUCAGCCCAGUGCCAAACUCUUCGAACUUUUCGAUCAGCUCUAUGUCUUGAGCCAAGGGCAAUGCAUUUACCGUGGGAAAGUAUUAAAUUUAGUCCCUUAUUUGAGAGAUUUGGGUUUAAAUUGUCCAACAUAUCACAAUCCAGCAGAUUUUGUGAUGGAGGUCGCCUCUGGUGAAUAUGGAGAUCAGAAUAGCAGGCUUGUAAGAGCUGUGCAAGAGGGAAUGUGUGAUGCAGAUUACAAGAGAAACUCUGGAGGAGAAAAUGAACUUAACCCUUUUUUAUGGCACAAACCAUCAGAGGAGGAUUCUUCAUCUAUGGAAGGCUGUCAUAGCUUCUCAGCCAGCUGUCUUACUCAGUUUUGCAUUCUGUUUAAAAGAACUUUUCUCACCAUAAUGAGGGAUUCGGUCCUGACACAUCUGCGGGUAACAUCUCACAUUGGAAUUGGACUUCUGAUAGGCUUGCUGUAUUUGGGGAUUGGAAAUGAAGCUAAGAAAGUCCUGAGCAAUUCUGGCUUCCUCUUUUUUUCCAUGUUGUUUCUUAUGUUUGCUGCUCUCAUGCCAACGGUGCUUACAUUUCCUCUUGAGAUGGGAGUAUUUCUUAGAGAACAUCUGAAUUAUUGGUACAGUUUGAAGGCUUAUUACUUGGCUAAAACUAUGGCGGAUGUCCCUUUUCAGAUUAUGUUUCCUGUGGCUUACUGCAGCAUUGUGUACUGGAUGACAGCACAGCCCUCUGAUGCUCUGCGAUUUGUCCUGUUUGCAGCAUUGGGGACCAUGACAUCACUUGUGGCUCAGUCCCUUGGACUUCUGAUUGGAGCAGCAUCCACCUCACUUCAGGUGGCAACAUUUGUUGGUCCUGUUACAGCAAUCCCAGUUCUUCUCUUCUCAGGCUUCUUUGUCAGCUUUGAUACCAUUCCUGCUUAUCUUCAGUGGAUAUCCUACAUCUCUUAUGUCAGGUAUGGAUUUGAAGGUGUCAUUCUUUCCAUCUAUGGUUUGGAUCGAGAAGAUCUUCAUUGUGACAAAGAUGACACUUGCCAUUUUCAGAAGUCAGAGGCUAUCCUCAAAGAAUUGGAUGUAGAAAAUGCUAAACUUUAUUUGGACUUCAUUGUGCUUGGAAUUUUCUUCAUCUCCUUACGUCUCAUUGCCUAUUUUGUUCUCAGAUACAAAAUCCGAGCAGAGAGAUAGAGAACAAAUGUGAUAACAUGAAGUUCUAGACUGUUGCUCUUUGGUUGUGGCUGAUGAGUUUUCAAAGCUCGGUUGCAAAUCAUGUUGUCUUCUGACCCCUAGAAGAACUAAAAUGGAAACUUGUUUCAGUUUUGAAAAAUGCCACUGCUGAUCCCAAGGGUUUCCUCUCCUGGAAAAUGUAUUUCUUCUAAGGUAGCUGUAGAUCUGGAACUAGAAUGAGAGUGUCUAUCUUUUAUUAUAAGGGAAAAAUAUGAAAUGUGUCAUCACUUCUUGCUACAUCUUACAAGUGUUUUUCCCACAAGAAAUUCCACAUUAGUCCACACAUUUUUCCAGUUGUAUGAAAAGGUGCUCUUUCAACCGAAUGUUUAAAAAUAAAGAAGUGAGAAAUCUGA